AUGUCAUUAGAACAUGAACUACCUGUAAGUGCGAUCAUGUCAAAAGCUGCUUUUCGAUUGUCAAUUUUAUCAAUUUUCUCGGUAAGUUUUAGGAUUUUGAAUUCAAAUUGUAUUAUUUGAUUAUUAGGUGAGCUCGCUAGGAUUACUCUGGAAUGUCUUCUUAUUCUGGAAAUUGAUGGCCUAUAAUCAGCUGAAUUACGUAUUGAAUAGGAUAAUUGGAGCACUUUCAGCAACAUGGGUAUACUUUCUAAGUGAGGAGAUUUUCAUUAAUUUUUAAUAAAUUGAAUGUAGAAGUUAUUUUAGAUUCUCUCGUUCAAAUUUGCAUGGCUUGCAAUCGAUUUUACUUUUUAUUUUUCCCAUUUGGAAUUAAAGUAUUACGACCAUUGAAUAUAACUAAAUACUCUAUACUUCUUUCAUUUUUUAUUUCAAUUUGUUUUGUCGCAAUGACUUUUCCGAGUAAGUUACAAAACCACAUGGAUAAUAUAUAAGUCAGCGCCAAUUUUCAGAGGGAUGUGGUUAUGUGUACGACCCAAAUUAUUUUAGCUGGAGAGGAGAAGAUGAUCCAUGUUCUGAAAGAAUGACAAUGAUCAUGCCACCAGUCAACUUCUUAAUUACAAUAAUAACAAAUGGUUUUAACAUUGGCACAGCAAUACGUUUAUUAACAAUGAAAAACGUUAGUAGUAGCGGUGAAGAUUCGAAAAUUAGAAAAAAAACGAUGGAUGGUUAAAUUCGCACAGGUAAAUUUAAUUUUACAAUUUGCUAUUAGAACAAUUUCCAUGGCUCUCAAUGCUCAAAAAUGUGCAUUGAAGCCCAGCGCACUAUUUUUCAAAAAAAAAAACUGUUCAAGUGUUUCCUAAAAACAUCGUAUCCUCAUAUUUUUAGUGUAUUCUUCAAGAUUGUCUACAAUUAAUUGACACGUUUAAUUCCUUUUACAUUUACAAACUCAAUGACUCUAUUUGGUUUCAAUUCGUAUGUCUAACAUUAUCCCUUGUGACUAUAUGUGCUCUAGAUGGUCUUGUUAUGCUUAUUUGCAAUCACGACUGCCAUCCGAGCUGGUUAACGCGUAUAAAACAGAAGAAAUCUUCUGUGAGAUGUGUGUCAAUUUCAACUAUAAAUAAUGCACCUUCUAAAAAAAGUAUUUCGUAUUAG